AUGAGCGACCCAGUUACAAUUAGAACUAGAAAAGUUAUCACUAAUCCAUUAUUGUCAAGAAGACAAUUUGUCAUUGACGUUUUACACCCAAACAGAGCCAAUGUAUCAAAGGACGAAAUACGUGAGAAAUUAUCGGAAAUCUACAAGGCUGAAAAAGAUGCUGUUUCUGUCUUUGGAUUCAGAACUCAAUACGGUGGUGGCAAAUCAACAGGUUUUGGUUUAAUUUACCAAUCAGCAGCUGAUGCCAAAAAAUUCGAGCCAACUUAUAGAUUAGUCAGAUACGGAUUAGCUGAAAAGGUUGAAAAGGCUUCAAGACAACAAAGAAAACAAAAGAAGAAUAGAGAAAAGAAAGUGUUUGGUACUCAAAGAAAAGCACAAAAGAAGGCUGCUAAGAGAAAUGCUGAUUAG